AUGGCCAAGACGGGCGGGAGACCAGUCCACAUCCAGCCAGACUUUGCGCAUCAUACAUUCGCCUUUGACGGCUUCCUGCGCUCGCAACACCGCUUCGACGUCGCUGUCCGCCGCCCAAUAUGCCUCUCGUUUCGCCAAAGCGGCACCUGUCCCAAUGGCCCAGCGUGUCCAGACAAGCACAUCAAUGCCUCUGCGCACGCUCAACAAGGCCGGCUCAACUCUGUUGUCUGCAAGCACUGGCUGCGUGGUCUAUGCAAGAAAGCCGACGCUUGUGAGUUCCUGCAUGAGUACAACAUGCGACACGUCCAAGAGUGCAAGCAGUGGAAGGAGCAAGGGACCUGUGGCAAUGCAGAAGACUGUCUGUAUGCUCACCCUGCGCCAGGCUCACGCAACGGUAUCUGCGACUGGUAUAAGUUGGGCUACUGCCCUCUUGGUCCCGACUGCAAGCGUAAACAUAUCCGUCGCAAGCCAUGUAUGCGCUACUUGACGGGCUUCUGUCCAUAUGGGCUCGACUGCAGAGAUGCGCAUCUUCAGUUCCUUGUCCCGCUCAAGGGCCCUGCUGCGAUACCAACAUGA